AACAGCUGUUUGUCUACAAAGCGUGCUCUGAAGGAACUGAGAAUGGGCCUCUCUGUGUGGGUCGUGGCCUCGGUGGCCAUCUUUUUGUUCCAUCAAGAUGCUAGCGGUGGACUCAUCAACAGAAUUAUUCGGCAGAAGAGGGAGACAGGAAUCAACGUGACGCUGCCGGACGAUAACCAUCCUGUGGUCUUCAACCAUGUCUACAAUAUCAAUGUCCCCGUAGGCUCCCUUUGCUCCGUGGACUUGGACGCUCCCAGCGGAGACUCAGAACUCAAACUUCCAUCCGAGCCAGGCAAACACUAUCAGGAGCACACGCUGAAUGAAGAAAAUCAGAUCGUGUUCACACACCGGAUCAAUAUCCCACGGCGGGCUUGCGGUUGUGCAGCUGCCCCUGAUAUCAAGGACCUACUAAGCCGACUUGAAGAAUUGGAAGAACUGGUAUCUUCUCUGCAGGAACAGUGCGGCGGUGGGUCAGGAUGCUGCUCCAGUGCUCAAACAGCGAAAGGUACUAUUGAAGCUACACCCUAUUGCAGCGGACGAGGAAACUACAGCAAUGAUGUUUGUGGCUGCAUCUGUGAACAGGGCUGGAAAGGACCAAAUUGCUCAGAGCCAGAAUGCCCACAGAACUGCAAUGAGAGGGGCCAGUGCAUCAAUGGCCAGUGUAUUUGUGACUAUGGUUAUGCCGGCUAUGAUUGUGGAGAGCUGGCCUGUCCUGGGGACUGCAAUGAUCAAGGCAGAUGUGUCGAUGGGAAAUGCGUGUGCUUUGAUGGUUAUGCUGGGGAUGACUGUAGCCUUGAGGUCUGCUUGGUGCCCUGCAGUGAGUACGGCAAGUGUGUGAAUGGACAAUGUAUCUGCACUGAAGGUUUCACUGGGGUAGACUGCAGCCAGACCCUUUGCCUUAACAACUGCAAUAAUCUGGGGCGCUGUGUGGAAGAAGAGUGUGUGUGUGAUGACGGAUACACGGGUGAGGACUGCAGUGAGCUCAUUUGCCCCAACGAUUGCUAUGACCGGGGUCGUUGCAUCAACGGCACCUGCUACUGUGAAACUGGGUUCACUGGUGAGGACUGUGGGGACCUGGCCUGUCCAAAUGAUUGCCACCAUAACGGACGCUGUGAGAAUGGUGUGUGUGUGUGUGAUGAAGGAUUCACCGGAGAUGACUGUUCUCUACGGAGGUGUCCCAACGACUGUCACAAACAGGGACGCUGUGUCGAUGGGCAAUGUGUGUGCAAUGAAGGCUUCUUGGGACCAGACUGUGGAGAAGUGAGGUGUCUCAAUGACUGCCACAACCGGGGGCAGUGUGUGAAUGGGCAAUGUGUAUGCGAUGAAGGCUUUGUGGGUGAGGACUGCAGCCAGCGUAGGUGUCCCAACGAUUGCCACAAGCGGGGGAAAUGUGUGAAUGGCCAGUGUGUAUGUGAAGAAGCUUUCACUGGGCUUGAUUGCAAUGAACUGCGGUGCCCCAAUGACUGCAACGACCACGGACGCUGUGUUGAUGGGCAAUGCAUUUGCGAUGAAGGCUACACAGCUGAAGACUGCUCAGAACUGACCUGUCCCCAGGACUGCAACCGUCGCGGACGCUGUGUCAAUGGGGUCUGUGAAUGUAAUGAAGGCUUCCUUGGGGAGGACUGUGGGGAGCUAGCUUGCAUCAACAACUGCAACAACCGAGGCCGUUGUCUGAACGGACAGUGUGUAUGCGACGAGGGCUUCACCGGGCCUGCUUGUGAUGUACAGUCCUGCCCCAACAAUUGCAAUGAUCUUGGUCGCUGUGUAGCUGGGCGAUGUGUCUGUGAAGAAGGAUUUAUAGGUGCCGACUGUUCAGAUGUAUCUCCUCCGAAGGAUUUGUUGAUUACGGAAGUGACAGAUAAGACCAUUAACCUGGAAUGGGCAAAUGAAAACAUUGUCAAUGAAUAUCUCAUCAGCUACAUUCCGACCAGUACUGGUGGCUUAGAACUUCAGUUCCGGGUACCUGGAAAUAAAACAUCAGCCACCAUUCAGGAGCUGGAACCUGGUGUGGAAUAUUUCAUCCGUGUUUUUGCCAUCCUAAGGAACAAAAAAAGCAUCCCAAUUAAUGCCCGGAUUGCUACUUACUUGCCUGCCCCCGAUGGCUUGAAGUUCAAAUCCGUUAAAGAGACGUCCGUGGAAGUUGAAUGGGAUCCCUUUAAUUUCCCUUUCCAUGGGUGGGAGAUCAUCUUUAGAAGCAUGAAAGAGGAAGACAACGGGGCCAUCCGAAGCAGUCUGAAGAGCCCUCAGACUUCAUACCUACAACACGGCCUUGCACCAGGACAGCAGUAUAAUGUAUCUCUGACUGUCGUGAAGAAUCAGACCCGAGGACCUGCUGUGUCAAGGAUUGUGACCACUAAACUGGAUGCCCCCAGCCAGAUUGACUCAAAGGAUGUUACAGACACAACCGUCCUCAUAACAUGGUUCAGACCCUUAGCUGAGAUCGACGGACUUGAGCUGACUUAUGGGCCCAAGGAUACCCCAGGGGACCGCACGUCCAUUGACCUGUCCGAAGACGAAAGCCAGUAUUCCAUUGGAAAUCUGAAGCCUCACACUGAAUAUGAAGUGACCCUCGUGUCUCGGCGCGGAAUUAUGGCAAGUGACCCCAUCACUGAGACUUUUGUCACAGAUCUGGAUGCUCCCCAAAACCUCAGACACAUUUCUCAGACAGACCACACCAUCACCCUGGAGUGGAAAAACAGUCCGACGAUGCCAGAUCUUUACAGGAUCAAAUAUGCACCCCUCGCUGUUGGAGAUCACGCUGAGGUCACAGUGCCCAGAAGCACCCAGGGCACCUCCAAAGUUACACUCUCUGGCCUGAGACCGGGAACAGAAUACGGCAUUGGGGUAACCUCAGUGAAAGAGGACAAAGAGAGCGUUCCUUCCACCAUCAAUGCUGGAACCGAUCUGGAUAGUCCGAAGGACUUGGAGAUCAUUGACCCCACCGAAACUGCCUUUACUUUACGUUGGAAGAGACCCUUGGCCAAAAUUGACCGCUACCGCCUUACUUUCGUCACCCCACUGGGGAAGAAGAAUGAAAUUGAGAUUCCGGCUGAUAGCACCUCCUACAUCCUUCGGUCAUUAGAGGCUGGAACGGAGUACACCAUCAUCCUUGUGUCUGAAAAAGGACGACUCAAGAGUAAGCCCUCAACGGUCACAGGUUCUACAGAAGAAGAAGCUGAGCUGGGGAAUUUAUCCAUUGCAAACGUCUACUGGGAUGGAUUCUUCCUCACCUGGACCGCAGCUGAUGGGGCCUAUGAGACUUUUGUCAUACAGGUGCGGGAGUCGAACCAAGCAGAAGAUACACGGACUCUCACCCUUCCAGGGACACAACGGUCCAUAAGUCUCUCCGGUCUCAGACCAAGUACUCUUUACACAAUCACCCUCUAUGGGAUAACUCAGGGCUACCAAACAAAACCCAUCUUUGUUGAAUCUACCACAGGGGCCAAAUCAGAAGUUGGAAACCUGACUGUUUGGGGCGUUACCCCAGAAAGCUUCAACCUCUCCUGGACGACCGCCAAAGGAGACUUUGAGAUCUUUACCGUUGAAAUUAUUGAUUCUAACAGGUUGCUGGAACCCAUGGAAUACAACAUUUCGGGCAGUUUAAGGACUGCUCAUAUCUCAGGGCUGCCCCCUCAAACCAGUUUCAUUAUCUACCUCUACGGAGUCACUCGUGGCUUCCGCACCCAGGCAUUAAGCACAACCGUCAUAACAGAAGCCGAACCUGAAGUAGAUCACCUUUUGGUCUCGGAUGCUACCCCGGAUGGUUUCCGUCUGUCUUGGACGGCGGACGAUGGAGCCUUUGACAGUUUUGUCCUUAAAAUCAGGGAUUCCAAUAGACUUUUAGAUCCCCUGGAGUUAAUCGUGCCAGGUCACCAACGGACCCAGGAUGUCAAAGGGCUGAAAGAAGGGACUGAAUAUUAUGUAGAUCUCUACGGAGUUAUCAGCGGACGGCGUUCCCAGCCUCUAAACGCAAUUGCUAUGACAGCGGUGGGAUCCCCAAAGGAAAUCGCUUUCUCGGAAAUAACAGAAAGUUCAGCUGUGGUUAGUUGGAAGCCUCCACUGACGCGGGUUGAAAGUUUCCGGGUUUCCUACAGGCCGGAAGCUGGAGAUGAUCUCAAAUCUCUGACAGUUGACGGAAACAGGAGUAGAAUCAAGCUAGUAGAUCUGAUCCCGGGCAUAAAAUAUGUCAUCAGUGUUGUGGCUAUCAAAGGAUUUGAAGAAAGUGAACCCAUCUCUGGAUUUUUGGUUACAGAAUUGGAUAGUCCGUCCGGGCUGAGGGUGGUGAACAUCACGGAUUCCAAAGCUUUAGCUGUCUGGCAGCCAGCCCUUGCCGCAGUCGACGAAUACCUGAUUUCCUAUCUUGGAGAAGGAGAGACAGAGGUGACACGGAGAGUAUCCGGCAACACGAUGGAAUAUGAUCUCAUUGGCCUUCGACCAGCUACCGAAUAUACCCUGAAGAUUCAAGCCUCCAAAGGGCCGCAGAAAAGCAGAAUCCUCUCUGCCAAAUUCAUUACAGGUCCAGAUGCUCCCAAAGCUCUGACUGCUUCUGAUGUCCAGUUUGAAACAGCCCUGCUCUCGUGGAAGCCACCCCAGGCAUCUAUCACAGGCUACCUCCUGAUCUACGAAGCUGCUGAUGGCAAAGUCAAGGAAGUGGUCCUGGGGCCCGAAUCGACUUCUUAUAGCCUGGUGGACUUGAGUUCAUCCACUUUGUACACAGCAAAUCUUCAGGCACUGUUCCACACGUUGAAGAGCAACUUCAUCCAAACCACGUUCACCACAACUGGACUCCUCUACCCUUUCCCCAGAGACUGCUCCCAAGCUCUGCUGAAUGGAGAAAUCGCUUCUGGACUCUACACCAUUUAUCUCAACGGCAAUCAGUCUCAGCCCCUGGAAGUGUACUGCGACAUGAGUUCUGACGGAGGCGGGUGGAUUGUCUUUCUGAGGAGGCAGAAUGGCGAAGUAAACUUCUACCAGAACUGGAGGACUUACGAGAGUGGUUUUGGAGAUCCCAACAAUGAAUUCUGGCUAGGGCUGGACAAGCUUCACAAAAUCACUUCCCAAGGCCCGUAUGAGCUGAGGGUAGAUCUGCGCGAUCGUGGAGAGACUGCCUAUGCUCUCUACAACAAGUUUACUGUGGGUGAUGCCAGGACACGCUAUCGGCUGAAAGUAGAUGGCUACAGUGGCAAUGCAGGUGAUUCCAUGAGUUACCACAACGUACGAGCGUUCUCCACCUUUGACAAGGACCACGACUCCGCCAUCACAAAUUGUGCCUUAUCGUACAAAGGGGCGUUCUGGUACAAAAACUGCCAUCGGGUCAACCUUAUGGGUCGGUACGGAGACAACAGCCACAGCCAGGGCGUCAACUGGUUCCACUGGAAAGGCCACGAGCAUUCGAUUGCCUUUGCGGAGAUGAAAGUCCGACCUUCCAGUUUUAGGAACUUAGAAGGAAGGCAGAAGAGAGCAUAA